CAAAGAGCAGUUCUUCGCAGUCGUACUCAUUUCGCUGUCGCGUGUGAAUUUUUUUCAAUAACAUAUUUCUUGAUAUUCCGGAAAAUUCUUAAUAAUUUCUUCAUUUUCUUUUCUGUCUAUACUCAGUCAUCGAUGCAAUGAGAUUGAUCGGGAUCAUAUGUUUACUGUUAUUCUGUUGUGGUCAUCUUAGUGCGGCACAGAUGUCAUCGGAAAGGAUAAACGAGCUAAGUCCGUUUAUUAAUGAAAUAAGAGAGAUCAGCUGGAAUUGGUCGAACAACACCGAAUUUAAUUCUGAUAUUCUCAGUGUACCAGAGAUGAUAAGAAAGGAAGGCUAUCCUGUGGAAACUCACGUUAUAAUGACAGAAGAUGGCUAUCUUUUGACGUUAUAUCGUAUCCCAGGUGGCAAAAAUUCUUUACCUAUAUUAGUGCAACAUGGUCUUUUAGCUAGCUCCGCUGAUUGGCUUGUUCUUGGCAAAAACAAUGCAUUACCUUACCUAUUAGCGGAUCAGGGAUACGAUGUUUGGUUGGGCAAUAUUCGUGGUAGUACUCACUCGAGAAAGCACAUUUCUCUAUCUACGUCAGACCCAAAAUUUUGGAAUUUUAGUUUUAACGAAAUGGGUAUCUACGAUAUGCCCGCGAUAAUUACAUUUAUCACGAAUAUGACGUCGCAACCAUUGCACGCAUACAUUGGACAUUCGAUGGGCUCAACCAUUUUUUUUGUAAUGGCAUCAAAGCGUCCGGAAAUGGUUCAAAUGAUACGAAUGAUAAUCAACCUUGCACCAGCAAUUUUUGUAAACCAUAUGCAAAGUCCAGCACGAUAUUUAGGCGCCUUCAGGAGGGAGAUUCAGAUGAUGAUGGAUACUUUCUUUUACGGUGAAUUUCUACAAGAUGACUUUUUAAGAUCUAUCAUAAGAAACUACUGCGAUCAGAACAUCAACAGAGAGUUCUGUGCUAAUAUGUUGUUUUUGAUCUUUGGUUUCGAUCGCGAACAACUUGACUACACUUUGCUGCCCCUCAUCUUGAGUCACUAUCCGGCCGGUACCUCGGCUAAGACGUUGGUGCACUUCGUUCAAGAAAUUGAAUCGGGCAAGUUUCGCGAAUAUGACUAUGAUCGCGAGGAAAAUCUGCUGAUGUACAAUUCGGUGGAACCUCCGGAAUACGAUAUAGCAAAUAUCAGGAUACCAAUGGCUUUGUUCUACUCCAAAAACGACUGGAUGGUCGAUCCCGUAUGUCUAUUGAAUCAUUUAUCGAAUGCGAUGAGAUUUAUGGGAAUUAUGUAUUUAGUGUCGUUUUGUGGUCAUCUUGAUGUUGUGCCGACAGAUGUGACAUUUAAACUAACAAUAAGCGCACACUUGAAAAGAAUAUCUUGGAUUGGUUGGAAUUGGCUGAACAACAAGGAAUUCAAUUUCACUAUUGUCCAUACGCCAGAGAUGAUAAGAAGAGCGGGUUAUCCCGUGGAAGUUUACGUUAUAAUGACAGAGGACGGCUAUUACUUGACGUUACAUCGUAUUCCAGGUGGCAAGGGCUCUUUACCUGUACUAUUUCAACCCGGGUAUUUAUGCAGCUCUGGUAUCUGGGUUGCUCUUGGCAAAGGCAAAGCACUUCCUUAUUUAUUAGCGGAUCGAGGAUAUGAUGUCUGGUUGGGCAAUUUUCGUGGUAAUAUUUAUUCAAGAAGACAUAUUUCCUUAUCACCGUCAGAAUCGAAAUUUUGGGAUUACAACUUUAACGAAUUGGCUGUCUAUGAUUUACCCGCGAUAAUUACAUUUAUCUCAAAUAUGACAUCACAACCAAUACAUUCGUACGUUGGUAUUUCUAUGGGCACAACUAUCUUUUACGUAAUGGCAACGGAGCGUCCAGAUAUUGCUAAAAUGGUUCAAAUGAUGAUAAGUUUCGGACCAGCGGCAUUUCUAGAUCAUAUGACAAGUCCUAUACGGUACCUCACGUUUCUCUGUAAAAUGGAUUGGAUAAUGCGGUUUGUCUUUCACAAAUUCCUGCUAAUUGAUUUUGUAAGGGUUUCCCUUAAAUAUUUGUGCAGUCAUAAUCUCGGAAAGGAAAUCUGCGCUCAUACAAUAUUUAUGAUGUGGGGUUACGACUGGGAGCAGUUGGACUAUAUUCUGCUGCCCGACAUAAUAAGUCACUUUCCAGCUGGUGGUUCAGCUUAUAUCCUUAUGCAAUACGCUCAGGCAAUCGAAUCGGGCAAAUUUCGCCAAUAUGAUUACGGUCACGCAAAAAAUCUAUUGAUAUAUAAUUCGAUGGAACCUCCGGACUACAAUCUGUCGAAAAUCACAGUUCCGAUCGCUUUGUUUUAUGGCCCUGGCGACACGUUGGUUGACAUUGUGGAUUUGAAGAGGUUGUUUUGCGCAUUAUCGAAUGUAAUGGAUGUAUAUGCAGUGCCGUGGUCUAAUUUCAAUCACGUAGACUUUAUUUGGGCCAAGGAUGCACCGAAACUGGUUUACGAAAGAAUUUUCCGGAUUAUGAAAAAAGAGAAAAUGAAUGAUACACUGGCAAUAAAAAUGAAAAAUGAAUGUAACACGCUAAAUAUUUAGCAAUGAAUUUUCCUAUAAUAAAUAUAAAAAUAUAUGUUUUUACCGACCGAA